GCAGCUCGGUGGCCAACGCCUUCGCCCAGGGCUUGCUGGAGCCAAGCAGGUUCACAGACUCCAGGGACUGGGCACCUUGAGAGCUGGGAGACGGUGCCCUCCCACUCAACUAAUUUCUUUACAGGCCUUGGCCUUAACAGGCGUGUUGGUGCCUGCCGUGGACGCAUUCUGACCUGCGCUGUAUCCCUCUCGGGAGACUGCCUAUGGUUGGGGCAGAGUGAGGUCGUUGCCUUGACGACGGCAGCAUGCGGCCCGCGGUCCUCCUGAGUGUGAGCCUGCGGCAGGCCGAGGCCAAUCUGCCUCCCUGCCUGAUUCGCCCCGGCCCGGUGACUGUGUCUACAGAAGAAAUCAGACCAGCUCCGGAACUGCUAGUUUGCUAGUCAGCAUCUUUUAGACCUGCGAGCGAGAUGCAUUUCAUCUCAAAUUUGUUUCCAAGUUGAAAACCUUUGGGUCUUUCCAUGUGAAAGGAUUUUAAAGAAACACAAGAAUUCCUACCGGUUUUGAAUUAAAAUGGAAAAAUAUGAGAACCUAGGAUUGGUUGGAGAAGGGAGCUAUGGAAUGGUGAUGAAGUGUAGGAAUAAAGAUAGUGGAAGAAUUGUGGCCAUCAAGAAGUUCUUAGAAAGUGAUGAUGACAAAAUGGUUAAAAAAAUUGCUAUGCGAGAAAUCAAGUUACUAAAGCAACUGAGGCAUGAAAAUCUGGUGAAUCUGUUGGAAGUGUGUAAGAAAAAAAAACGAUGGUACCUAGUCUUUGAAUUUGUUGACCAUACAAUUCUUGAUGACUUGGAACUCUUUCCCAAUGGAUUAGACUACCAACUGGUUCAAAAGUAUUUGUUUCAGAUUAUUAAUGGAAUUGGAUUUUGUCACAGUCACAAUAUCAUACACAGAGAUAUAAAGCCAGAGAAUAUAUUAGUCUCCCAGUCUGGCGUUGUCAAGUUAUGUGAUUUUGGAUUUGCACGAACAUUGGCAGCCCCUGGGGAAGUUUAUACUGAUUAUGUGGCAACCCGAUGGUACAGAGCUCCAGAACUAUUGGUUGGUGAUGUCAAGUAUGGCAAGGCUGUUGAUGUGUGGGCCAUUGGUUGUCUGGUGACUGAAAUGCUCAUGGGGGAACCCCUUUUUCCUGGAGAUUCUGAUAUCGAUCAGCUAUAUCAUAUUAUGAUGUGUUUAGGUAAUCUAAUUCCAAGACAUCAGGAGCUGUUUUAUAAAAAUCCUGUGUUUGCCGGAGUAAGGUUGCCAGAAAUCAAGGAAACAGAACCUCUUGAAAGACGCUAUCCCAAGCUCUCUGAAGUUGUGAUAGAUUUAGCAAAGAAAUGCUUACAUAUUGACCCAGACAAAAGACCCUUCUGUGCUGAGCUCCUCCAUCAUGAUUUCUUUCAUAUGGAUGGAUUUGCUGAGAGAUUUUCUCAGGAACUACAGUUAAAAGUACAGAAAGAUGCCAGAAAUAUUUCUUUAUCUAAAAAAUCCCAAAACAGAAAGAAGGCAAAGGAAAAAGAUGAUUCCUUAUGUGAAGAGAGAAAAACACUUGUGGUACAGGAUACCAAUGCUGAUCCCAAAAUUAAGGAUUCUAAAGUAUUUAAAAUAAAAGGGACAAAAAUGGAUGGAGAAAAAGUUGAAAAAGUCAGUCGAGCUUCAAAUACGAGCUGUCUCCCUGACAAUGGGAUGAGCCACCUCAGAACAGUGCCUCCUACCAGCCUCCGAGAUUGCAGAGAUGGCAGUGUGGACCACACUAGAAGUCCGGGCGUGGCAAUCCCUCCCCUUGUGCACAACCUUGCUGGGGUGGCUUCCAGCAUUAAUUCUGGAAUGGUGACUAUCCCAGCAGUGCAGAGUUACAGAGUGGAUGAGAAAGCCAAGAAGUAUUGUAUUCCAUUUGUUAAACCAAAUAAACAUUCUCCAUCAGGCAUUUAUAAUAUUAAUGUGACCACAUCAGUGACUAGUGAAAAGAGCCUACUUCAGGCAAAUAAGAAAAGAAGGGAAUACUCUAAGACAGAUGUCCGUUUGCCUGAACUAAACUAUAAUCAUCUCCCUGAACUAAGAGCCUUGGAAGGCAUAGCUCGAAAUUCCAGGUUAAUAAGGAAAGAGAACAAAAAUCUUUCAGAAUCUCGAAUUCCUUCUCUGGCCACUAUUGACUUGCACACGCCCAGUAUCGCAUUACAUCAGGUAUCAGGAUCUCCCCUGUCAGAUGAUUCGGAGGCUGAUUUACCUCGAAUGGAACACCAGCACUGAGAGUCAUUUUGGUUCUGAACUGGAUGCUGCUUUAGCCCUUGAGAUGACAUCAUCUUGCCACAAAAGUGCUGAUAUCCUACAAAGAGAGAUUCGUGCGUUUGUCCUUUCCUUCGGAACUGCCUGCAUUUUCUGAGAAAGGCCUUGCAGAAGAAAAAAAGACAAAGACUUCCAAGUGUUUCCCAGGAAGCCCCUCCCCGACUGAUAUCCUUUCACCUUUCAAGUCCACUGUUGCUAUUUCAAGAUAUAUCCAAUGGAAGAAUAGUGAUAUGGUUCUUGUUACAUGAAUGUGUAUUUACUAUUAAUAGAUUGUGCAUUUAAAAUUACCCAAGAUUAAAAAUGAGUUUAAAAAGGGACAGAAACAUUGUAAUGGUCAUGUUAGAUGAACUUUCUGUGUUAUCUGUAUAAACGUGUACAUUUAUUUAGGAAUGGGUUCGGUGGAGGUCGGUGAUAAAAACUAGGAUCAGUUGAAGAAAUGAAAAAAUUAGGAUCAGUAAGAGAAAAUGUUUCCUUUAUCCUAAUUUAACUAUAAAUAUACAUUUAAAAAGCUUGCUUGUUUCUAGGCUUUAAGGAGAUAUGUAAUUGCUCUCUAUAGAUAGAUGUAUGUCUUUGGUUUCUGUGAUUAUUGUUGAUGUUUGAUCAUUAUAUUAUGGGAAUCUGACGUCUCUGCUGAUUUUCUAAGAACCACACUAAUGCAAAUUUCUCAAAGAAACCUUUUAUGUCUAAUGAUUUAGUAUGACUCCGACCUUAGAUAGUCCUCUGUAUUGUAAGAUUCUGGUGCCAAUGUUCCUG